AUCUGAAACAGUCCUUUUCCACACACACUACGGAGUAGGUGUUCGGCUGGUUCAGAGCAAUGGCAGUUAUCAAGAGCGUUCUGGCAAUCGCGAUUUGCAUCCUGUGCCAAUUGCACGAUUCUCUUCAGGAGGGGAUAGAAUAUCCUGCAGAAAUCGGCACAACCUGUACUGAAGACGACAGAUGCAAGUCCGUAAUGAAUUCCGUCUGCUCUAAAGACGUAUGCAGCUGUAAGGAAAACUUCGUUCCAAGUACUAAUAACAAAACGAUAUGUUUACCAGUUGCCAGAAACGUCAAUAAUUCAUGCGAAGAGGAAAUUCAGUGCACAAUGCCUUUUGGAGAAAACGGAACAUGCAACGACGAACAGCAGUGCGUUUGCAAGACUGGAAAUCACUACGUCAAGCCCAGCAAAUGUGUCUUCAGCAAAGGUUUGAACGAGCAGUGCGCAGAAUCAAACGAAUGUUUCCUGCCAGAAGAUGGAGAGAACCAGAAGAUCGAAUGUAACAACAAGCAAUGCAAGUGUAGAGCGGGUUACAUACCAUCGCCCGACGAGAAAAGCUGCAGGGAUUCUGCGGUCACCAAUAUAAUCUCCAUAACAUGCAUCGUAGGAGUUUGGGUACUCCACCUGUGGCUGUGAUUCUGUUCAAGCCGUUAGCAAGAGAGCAGUUAAACAUGAAGUGAAGUAACGAGGACAUCGAUUUUCACAGCAAUCAGAAUACAGCUUAAUUAUUAUUUAUCUUCUCCAAGUUCUGUGGUGUUUUCUGUGUGUGUUUAUUGUCAAUUUUGUGUAUUUCAUUGCAAAGCACACUAAACAAAUAACAGAAUUAAAGAACACAAAUAUUUUCAGUAACUAUAAAAUAACUUAGAUAAAAAAGAUGUUGUUUUAAUACCAGAAGAGUGCGAUGCAGUCGACAUUUUGUUCAGAAAUAGACUUUCAGAAUGAAUAAAAGACCAAGGAAUUUUUG